CAUUGUUGUUUUUUGCUCUCAGGGCGCUCCUGGUUCUAAGCGAGGUGAUAACUACACUUCAAUGGUCUACCGAAUCACAUUGAGCGGCAUCCGAAGACACGUCGAACCUGACGGCUCAAAUGAAAGUGAUGAACCUUGGGAAAAUACCAUCAUCUACAAAUGCCUCCCAGAGAGCAUUUUGCGAAGAGAGGCUUUCAAAAGCGAUGAACUUUUUUGCAAUGAAGUCGCGUUUUACACCAAGAUCUGGCCAGCUUUGCUUGACUUUCAGAAACAAUGGAACAUUCCCAACCCGUUUAAGGCAAUCCCGAAAUGUUACUUGGCCCAAAACGAUUGUGUUGUGCUGAAAGAUCUGAAGAGGGAAGGGUAUGUGAUGCCAGACAGGCACCAGGGUCUGACUGUGGAGCAAUGCUACUUCGUGUUGAAGCAUUUGUCGCAGUUCCAUGCACUGUCACUGGCUAUGAAGUGUCACAACCCUGAGGCUUUUUAUGAGCUGUUGAACAUUAAGGAUGGCAUUACUGAAGUAUUCUACGUCGAAGAAAAUGUAGACUACUAUAAAAAUUACUACAUGGAAGCUACAAGAAAUGCCAUAGCCAUGGUGGAACAGGAGUUAGCUAAUGCUGAAGACAAAGACCACUAUCUGGAGAAGUUCCGAAGCUUCUGCAGUGAGGAAACCUUCUUCCAUACAAUGGUGGAGCUUGUUACUCCUAAGGAACCCUUAGCUGUAAUUGGACAUGGAGACUGCUGGACCAAUAACUUCUUAUUUAAAUAUGUAGAUGGAGAUAUUGCUGAUAUGUAUAUCGUGGACUUCCAGUUAGUCCGCUACGCUUCUCCAGCUCUCGACCUGGUCUACAUAAUGUACCUGUGUCUGGACCGCCAACAGAGAGCAGAACAUCUCUCCUCACUUCUGGAGUAUUAUACUGAUGAACUGCAUCGAAGACUGGUGAUGAUGAGUGAUGACGAUUCUGUCUUUAAUACCAGUUUGAAUCGAGAUGCCUUGUUUGAAUUGUUACAAGAGGAGUUCAAACGUGCAGGUCGGUUUGGUCUCGGCAUAGCAGUGGACAUGUAUCCUAUAAUGACAUGCGACAGUGAUGAGGCGCCUAACUUGUAUCAGCACGAGGUAAAGGAUAGCGAGCCAUCAUCAACAUCGCGUGUCCAGCCAGUUCACACCAACAGUGCAGCUUGCAGCCGAAAGAUGACAGAGCUGGUCAUCGAGCUAGUGGAUGCUGGAAUCCUUUGAUGAUCAGGAGAUAAGCCUGAAGGUCCAGGAAUGAGGAGUAUGGUGGAAGGAGGUGGAUUGUUAUCAAGGUUUUGAAAAGACUGUAGGGAUUAUUGUAAUUUAGUUCUUAUGAUUGGUGUUCUACAAAUAUCAUGGAAAGACCGUGUUCUUUUGUUCUUCAUAAUGAAUUGGUCUAUUUGUCAUCUUGUAGAUCAGUAUAAUGGU